CGCAGGUGAUUAAUUCAGGCCUUACUCACGGAGGGGGGCAGAUUCAAAUAUUUGGCUCCGCCUCUGCUGCUGCUGCAUGUGAUCGCGGAAAUAGAAACUAAACAGGCCAAAACAAAAUGGGAGCGUCGUUGGAUACGCCAACGAAGUGCCCUCUCUGCAACGAGCUGACCCGGGACCCGGUCACUCUGAAGUGCAAUCACCGCUUCUGCCAACGGUGCAUUGGAGACUUGUGGAGCAUUAAUCCGAACGGGCCGUACCACUGUCCGGAGUGGAGGUGUAAAACCGAGUACCAGACUUUGCCGUUUGAUAGCAGUUUUAUACGGUCACCAGCUCCCAAAGGACGGGCGCAGCCUCGCAGCACUGCAGGUGCAUCCACCAGUUAUGAUGAAGAAAGUGCGUCAGACUCAAGUUUAAGGAGGCCCUCCCUCACCAGCCGACUCCUCGGAAAGAGGAAGGCCAGCACACCUGUACCUGAGCAACCUGAAACAAAGAGAUCAACUGUUGAGGGCCCCCGUGUGCGGUCCAGUGACACAGAGAUUCCCACCACAUCCUUGCCAAAUAAUUCUGGGGUGUCAACAGGUGUGGAAACAUCUAAGAAAGUAGUACAGCCAGAAUCUUCACAAUCUAAACAGGGUGAUGGCUCAUCCUCCAGGGAGAACUCUGACAGCAAUGGAGCAUCUGCAAGCGAAGGGCUACAAGACAUCUCAGUUCAGCAGAACCAGCAUAAAUUAAAAGAAGUCAUCAAAUUGGAUGAAUCUGACAGCUCCAAUGAAGUCGACAUAUGUGAUGCUCCUCCUCCUGCAACCCCCAAGAAAGACACGCAAGUGACAUGGAUACAUGCGUCACCAAAGACACCUGAGCCAGCUGCCAACUCUCACAGCUUUCCUGCAACCUCAACUCCAGGAAAAGAUAAACCUCCUGUGCACCAUGUUGGCAAGUCUCCUCCAAUCUUCACCAAAAGUCCUUCAGCUGCUUCAGGAUCCCCAAGUCAUGUUGACAUCUUCUCCAGGCCAGAGAACAAAAGUACCCGCCCUGUGCCCUGCCAUUAUUGUCCUAAAAGCCGGUAUCAAUCUGCAGUGAAGACAUGUCUUGUGUGCGGGGCCUCUAUGUGUUCGGAGCACCUGCGCCCCCACCUGGACACGCCAGUUUUCCAGAAUCACACCCUGGUUUCUCCAGUGGAGGACAUUUCCCUGUGGAGGUGUCAGGAGCACCAGGAGAUAAACCGUAUCUACUGUCGGCAGUGUGCAGUCUGUGUGUGCACUGUGUGCACCGUCAUAGGCUCCCAUCGCGACCACGCCUGCAUCAGCAUCAGGGAGGCAGAGAGAGAGCUCAGGGGAAACCUGAAAGAAGAGAUCAAACAACUGCAAGAGGCUGAAGAGCAAGUGAAGAACCGAGUGACUGAACUCACUCAGAAGAAAGAGACUUUCAAAGGGGUUUUAAGUGAAGCACAAGCAGGAGUGAAGCAGCAGUACAGCACCAUCAGAGAGGCCUUGGAGCAGGAGGAACAAUCAGCUCUUCAGUGUGUGACGAAGGAGGAGAAUCGAGUUUUGGGGGGACUAGAGGAGAAACUCAGCUUCCUCCGUAGAUCCCUGCAAUCCAUCCAAAAAGGCCUCCACACACUAGAGAGUCUGGCUGAUGCCAAAGGAGACAAAUCUGUUCAGGACCAGGCCUUCAUUAUGGAAUACAACAAGAUUGCCCAACUGAGUAGUGAGAUGGGGAGCUACGUGGAGCAGUUUGAGGCCCCGGAGGAAGUGAAUCGUCCCCAGCUGGAGUGCCUGCAGAAGUGGACAGAGAAGCGGCUGGACACAGUGGUCAUCAAUAUACAAGGCAACGACAGAGACCUUUACAGGCUGCUCUAUGGCACCAUUCCCCUCUUGGAUGCAGAUACAGCUCAUCUUAAGCUGCAGCUGUCUGAUAACAGCAGAACGGUGACCUACAGCGAUGCUCAGCAGGCUUACACAGAGCACGAAGCUCGCUUCAGUUCCUUCCCACAGGUCCUCGCCUCAAGUGCACUGGAGAGGGGCCGUUGGUACUGGGAGGUGAAUGUGUCCGUGGACGAUGGCCGCUGGAAGGUGGGGCUGUGUGAGGCUCAGAUAGAGAGGAAAGGCCAAAAGGACAACUCUCGUCUGGGGUUCAACAGUUUUUCCUGGUGUCUGGCCUGUGACAAAAGGAAGGUUGAAGCCCAGCAUAAUAAGGUGUCAGUUCCUGUGGAUGCAAGUGGACUGCAAAGGGUGGGAGUUUUCCUUGACUUUGAAGAUGGUAUUUUAUCAUUCUUUAAUGUGACACCAGGGGGCAGUCUAGCUUUAAUGUAUUCCUACAAGCAGAGGUUUACUAAUCCUCUUUACCCAGCCUUUUCUGUGUCUAAAACGCAUCUGUCUGUCUGUGAGCUGUUCGAGUCGUAAACUGUACAGAAGCGGCACACCAGUUCUGCUGAUUAAUUAACUUUCUGAAGCUGUGGUGCCUUUAAAAAAAAAAAAAAAAAAAAAGUAUUAAUUUUUCUCAAUAAAAUGUGUCAUUGUGUAAAUUUCUCAUGGAUUAUCGUUCUGUCCUACACUGCACACAUUCCCUGAUUUCUCUAAAUGUGAUUUUUAUAUCCUAUGAUAGAACUGGAAUCGUUAGAACUGAUAGAAAUGCUGUUCAUUGUACUCUACACAUGACAAUCUAAUCACUGGUAGUAUUUGUUUGUUUUGUUUUCUUUUAUAGAAACACCAGAUUUUUAUUUUUAUUUUUUUAAAAUUUUGAUGUUGUGUAUCAACAAAUGAGCAAGUUUUUAAGUGGUAGACAAGUUAUCAAUGAUGAUCAGUGCCAAAAUAUUUUGGAUACUGUUUCUAAUCUGAAUGCAUGAUUUAAAAUGUUCAAAUUGUA